AUGUCUUUCCCUCACACUCGAUCCACAGAAAGACAAGCUCCGUCAACGGCAGAUAAAUGGCGGUCCGCAAUCGCCGACGAAGGCCUCGAGGGCUUGUCGAUAAACGACGAGAAGUUGAAUUCCGCCUCCAUGUUCCAGUUCCGCCAAUUCUUACUUCUACGGGUAUUGUGGCAGCGUGUCCAUAUUACUGCCUUCAAGCCUGAGAAAUUUAAACAUGCUGAAGAACUACCGCUCCUGGCAGGAGAAGGGAACUUCUUCCUGGCCAAAUCGUUCCAGCUUGACGCGGCUAUGGUUCAAAGUUCAUCCGCGGAUACCGAGGUCACCAUAUCUCCCAUCGCAAAGCGUACACGCGCGAAGUUGAAAGAAAGACGACCGGCUCCUGAUGUGACUCCAACAAAGUCGGCCCGAGUGGCCAUGGAGAGGUCGCAAAUCAGUGAUGACCUGGACGACGUCCCGUUGAUACCCGGUCUAGAACAAGACAGCCCGCUAGAAGGGUCUACGCCCCCGUUGGACCAGGUCUCCGGUGGAUUUGAAGCUUUUUGGGAGACGCACUCAAAUACCUCUGAGAGGAUGAGCAGAUUGUCAACACGGCUCUGGUCAACUUCCUGA